GUUCCGGACGCAGAAAGCUUCAAAGUUGAAAGGCUCAAGGGCUACGCGGAAGGUUGUGGACGAGCUGGAAUUUGCUCCCGGGCGGUUUGUCAGUCGUCGCUCGUUCGUUCUACAGCCGCCAGCCGAGUGGUCGCCGCCGGCAAACAUCUCGGCGUUCGAACGCUUCUUUAUUCGUUCAAAUAGUUUUCCCUCGUCGUCGUCGUCGUCAUGGCGGUGAAGUAACGCCAGCCGGGCAUGUCGGGUACCGACGACGGGCCCCAGACGUCACCGAGCGCCCCGCAGUCCGACUUCGCCGGCGGCGGCGGCGGCGGCGGGCACGUCAACAUGGACGCGACGGCGGAGGAGACGGAGAAGAUGGACGUCUCCCUGGCGGAGAUCCUCGCGCUGUACAGCCAGCCCAUCAACGAAGAGCAAGCCUGGGCCGUGUGCUACCAGUGCUGCCGGACGCUGGCGGCGAGGCGGCCCGCGCGGAAAGGCUCCAAAACCCCCGGCGACUGCCCGCGGAGGAUCGAAGGACCCGGGGACGUGAGGAUCGGGCGGGACGGCACCGUCACCCUGCGCUUUGAACGCACCACAGAUAAAUAUGGAUCGGCGCCAACGUCACUGGAGGUGAUCGACUCGCUGGGCGUCAUGAUCUACAAGGCCCUGGACUACGGCCUGAAGGUGAACGAGGAGCGCGAGCUGAGCCCGCCGCUAGAGCGCCUCAUCGACCUGAUGACCAACACGCAGGAGGCGGAGAGUGACGACGCCUGCCCCGAUGAGGGGUACGAGGCCACCGAGGAGGAGGAAGAGGAGGAGGAACGGCUGGCCGUCUCGACUUCAGGCGGAACCGUCAGCCAAAUACGAAGCUACCGCGACCUGAUAUCGCUUUGUUCCUCCCACCUCCCGAGCCCCUCGGACGCGCCGGACCACUACCAGGCCGUGUGCCGCGCCCUCUACGCCGAGUCCAGGGAACUGCGGACGUUCCUUGAGAAGAUCAAGAGCGCCAAGGAGAAUCUCCGCAAAAUGGAAGGCGAGAACCUCCAACAACCCGUUAGAGACCUGGAUGAGCUGCAGAAUGCAGACUGGGCGCGGUUCUGGGUGCAAGUGAUGCGAGACCUGCGCCACGGCGUCAAGCUAAAGAAGGUGCAGGAGCGUCAGUACAACCCGCUGCCCAUCGAGUACCAGCUGACGCCCUACGAGAUGCUCAUGGACGACAUCCGGUCCAAACGCUACAAGCUUCGGAAAGUCAUGGUCAACGGCGACAUCCCCCCGAGGCUGAAGAAGAGCGCCCACGAGGUCAUCCUCGAGUUCAUCAGGUCACGGCCUCCUCUCAAUCCCGUGUCGGCCCGCAAGUUGAAGCCGACGCCGCCGCGGCCGCAGAGCCUCCACGAACGCCUGCUAGAGGACAUCAAGACGGAGAGGAAGCUGAGACCCGUCUCACCGGACUUGACCCGGAGGACCCGUCUGGGCGCUGGGAAAAGCAUCAGCACGCCUCACGAUUUGUGUCGGACCUCAGACACGCCCGACGCUCCCCGCAAGAUGGCCACCAGCACGCAGUCGCUCGUGCGGGGCUCGGCGAACCAGAUGAGCCAAAGGAAGAGGCUCCUGCACGCCCCCACGCUGGCGGAACUCGACAGCUCCGACUCCGACGAGGAGACGACGAAGAGCAGCUCCAGCGCGACCACGUCCUUGAUGGACAUAUCUCCAGAUUCUACCAAAGGCGUGAAAUCCCCUCCGGCGUUCCUGCCCGUGUCGGCCACGCCGCCGCCGGGCAAGCGUCAGCCGUCGGCUUCCCUGCGGCGCCACUCCAUCGGGAAGGAGGCCCCCGCCGACGCCGCCCCCUACGCCGCGCCAUCCAGGCAGAGCUCCAAGUCGCUGCUGAUGGACAAGGCCGGCAAGGUCCAAGCUGGUAGUGCUGCUCAGAACUCGAAGCCAUCAGACUGUCCUCGCGGGCGUCAUCGGGUGGGGCGGCGGUUCCGGUGCGGGGCCGGCGGAAUAAUGCCGCCGUUCUCCUGUGACGCCAAGGUCUCUCGCUGGUGUGCUGUCCCCCAGGAGGAGUUCCGCUUCCCCGUGGAGUGUCUGGCGCUGACGGUGCAGGAGGUGAUGCACAUCCGCCAGGUGCUGGUCAAGGCCGAGCUGGAGAAGUUCCAGCAGUACAAGGACGUGUACAACGCGCUCAAGAAAGGGAAGCUUUGCUUCUCGUGCCGCGUGAAGAGGUUCUCCUUCUUCACCUGGUCGUACACGUGCCAGUUCUGCAAGAGACCGGUGUGCUCUCAGUGCUCCACAAAGAUCCGUCUCCCGUCCAAGCCGUACGCCACGUUGCCCAUCUACACGUUGGGCCCCAGCGCCGCGGCUCAAGACGAAGCGGCCGCGUCGGCGGCCUCGUCCGAGUCCUUCGGGGCGGCGCAGAACCGCCGCAGCCUCCGCAGAAGCGUCUACAAGUUGACCACGUCGGGCGCGGGCGGCGACGGCGACCCGCCGCCCCCGAUCCGGGACGACCUGGACCUCCCCGCGGAGCUGACGGAGGACUGGGCGUCCACGGAGGUGUGCGUGGACUGCAAGAAGUUCAUCACGGAGAUCAUCUCGUCCAGCAAGCGCAGCCUCUGCGUGGCCAGCAAGCGGGCGCGACUCCACCGCCAGACGCGCUCCUUCUACCGCAGCUCGUCCGCCUCCGUCGACUUCCGCCGCCCGCCGCGCGUCGCCGUCCACGAGGUGUAGACCGCCGGGUGGGGGGGGGGGGGGGGGG